GAGACAGGAAGCACAUCAGAGGAGACAGGAAGCACAUCAGAGGAGACAGGAAGCACUUCUGAGGAGACAGGAAGUUCAUCUGAGGAGACACAGGGAUCUGAGAGCACAACAUCAGGGUCUGGAAGUACCACACAUGGACCUGAGAGCACAACGUCAGGGUCUGAAAUCACAACACAGGGAUCUAAAAGCACAACAUCAGGGUCUGGAAGUACCACACAAGGAUCUAAAAGCACAUCAGAGUCUGAAAUCACCACACAAGGAUCUGAAAGCACAACCAUAGUAUCUGUGAGCACAUCAGGGUCUGGAAGCACCACACAAGGAUCUGGGAGCACAACAUCAGAGUCUGAAAACACCACACAGGGAACUGAAAGCACAACAUCAGAGUCUGAAAACACCACAAAUGGAUCUGAUAGCACAACAUCAGAGUCUGAAAGCACUACACAGGGAUCUCAGAGCACAACAUCAGAGACUGAAAUCACCACACAGGGAUCUGAAAGCACUUCAAAGGGAUCGGAGAGCACAACAUCAAGUUCUGAAGAGACAGAAAGCACAUCAGAGGAGACAGGAAGUACACCUGAGGAGACAGGGAGCACAUCAGAGGUGACAGGAAGCUCAUCUGAGGAGACACAAGGAUCUGAGAGCACAACAUCAGAAUCUGAAACCACCUCUACUACAUCAGAGUCUGGAAGCACCACACAGGGAUCUGAGAGCACAACAUCAGAAUCUGAAAGCACCACACAGGGAUCUGAGAGCACAACCUCAGUGUCUGGAAGCACCACACAGGGAUCUGAAACCACAACCUCAGGAUCUGUGAGCACAUCAGGAUCUGGAAGCACCACAAAGGGAUCUGAAACCACAACAUCAGAGUCUAAAACCACCACACAGGGAUCUGAAACCACAACCACAGGAUCUGAGCACAUCAGGGUCUGGAAGCACCACAGGGAUCUGAAAGCACAACAUCAGAGUCUGAAAAACACCACACAGGGAUCUGAAACCACAACAUCAGAGUCUGAAAGCACUACACAGGGAUCUCAGAGCACAACAUCAGAAUCUGAAAUCACCACACAGGGAACUGAGAGCACAGCAUCAGAGACUGGAAGCACCACACUGGGAUCUGAGAGCACGUCAGAGUCUGGAAGCACCACACAGGGAUCUGAGAGUACAACAUCACAGUCUGGAAUCACCACACAGGGAUCUGUGAGCACAACAUCAGAGUCUGAAAGCACCACACAGGGACCUGAGAGCACAACAUCAGGGUCUGUAAGCACAUCAGGAUCUGAAAGCACUUCACAUGGAUCGGAGAGCACAACAUCAGGUUCUGAAGAGACAGAAAGCACAUCUGUGGAGACAGGGAUCACAUCAGAGGAGACAGGAAGUACAUCUGAGGAGACAGGAAGCACAUCCGUGGAGACAGGAAGCACAUCAGAGGAGACAGGAAGCACAUCAGAGGAGACAGGAAGCACAACAGAAAGCACCUCUAAGGAGACAGGAAGCACUUCUAAGGAGACAGGAAGCUCAUCAGAGGAGACAGUAAGCUCAUCUGAGGAGACACAAGGCUCUGAAAGCACAACAUCCGAGUCUGAAACCACCACACAGGGAUCUGAAAGCACAACACCCGAGUCUGAAACCACCGCAGAGGGAUCUGAAACCACAACCACAGGAUCUGUGAGCACAAUCAGGGUCUGGAAGUACCACACAGGGAUAUGAAACCACAACAUCAGAGUCUGGAAGCACCACCCACAGACCUGAGAGCACAACAUCAGGGUCUGUAAGCACAUCAGGGUCUGAAAGCACUUCACAGGGAUCUGAGAGCACAUCAGAGUAUGAA